GGCUCCUCCGGGACACUGGCCGCCCUCCGAAUGCUGCAGCGGGUCCCAGCCCACGAGGGACAGGGACAGGCAUUUCCCUGGCAGAGCUUCACCGUAGCCCUGUGCGCCGAGGAGCCCACGCUGGAGGGGCCGGAGGGGGCCCUGGCUGUCAAACCAUGUCUGCUGCUGCUCCCCGUCGUGUGCCAGAGGAACCUCUUCUCUCUGCUGCACGUGGUGCACGCCAUGGUUCCGGGGAGCUGCCUUGUCCAGCUGCUCCAGGCUGUGGAACAGGAUUCCCACGUGGAUCCCUGGGUGCGGACGCUGAGGGAUCUGCUCCGGCAGGGAUCGAGCAGAGAGGAGCACUCCCCACCUCCUGCCCCUUUGUCUUCUGUGUGCCAGCAGCAGCUUCGGUGUCUGUGCCAGAAAAUUGCCCAGAACAAACCAGAGGGACGAAGGAAACUGAACUGGUGCUUCAGCGAGCGGCCUGGUGCUGCUGGGGAUGCGGCUGAGUCUGUGCUUCAAGGUGGGAAGCGCAAAAAAGUGUCUCAGGAGAGUCUGGAGUUGGGUGAGGAGAGAGAGGGGAAGAGGUUGCUGCUGGAGGAGGCAGCGUUUGAUUCCCCAGGAACCCAGGAGGAUGAGGAUGCAGCAGGGGUGGAAGAUGAGGUGUCUGGGGAGACUUCAGGGGACAGAUCUGCUCAGAGCCCGGACAGGGCUGCUCUGGAAAGCUCCCAGCAGGAUGCAGCUGGUGAACCCAGGAGGAUUUCCCAGGCAGAGCUGGCUGUGGAGGUCCAGUCCUUUCUCCAGGUGCAUGGACCGAGGCUGAAGAUGCUGCUGCAGAAGGAGUCGCAUCACUCAGAGAUGAGCAUCCCACCAGAGCUGGACAUCCUGAACAGCUGCUCUCCUGGCCAGCUUGAGGGGCUGUGCUCCUUCCUCCAGCUCUCCACAUGCCCAGAGCACCUCCUGGUGCGUUUCUGCAGCUGGCUGCUGGCUCUCAGCCCUGACCUCAGCUACACCAACACGGCCAUCCUGGCAGAGCAGCUCUUUCUCAAGCGAGUCCUGUCCCUCACCCAGCCGCCCUCCCGUCACCUCAUGGCUGCCCUCACUUCGUUUUGCUCCAAGUAUUCCCAACCCUUCUGUCGAGUCCUGGUGGCUGCGAUCCUGCGGGAGCCGGGAGAAGGUGCUGAGCAGGCCAAGCUGGUGUGUGAGCUUGUGGAGGAGUGCCUGGAGCCAGACUGUGUGAGACUGGUGCUGAGCCAGGUCCUGGAGGUGCCUUUGUCAGAGAAGCUUCUGCCAGUGGUGCAGGCUGUGCUGGGGCGGCAGGAGGUGCUGCCCCCUGAGCUGUUUGAUCUCCUGGUCCUGACUCUGUGCCAGCAGGUCCCAGCCUUCUCCACGUCACUGAAUUACGCCAAGCUGGUGACAGCCGUGCUCACCAUGUACCAAAGCCAAGUCACUCCAGCUCACCGGAGUCGUCUGGCUGCUGCUUUGGAUCAGAGCAACGUGGCUCUGAAGAAGUCACUGCAGGCUGUGCUGGAAGGAACCAGGUGA